GACUUUCUAUCAGGGAUUAGUCUUUUUUUUUCCUUUUCUUUCAAACAAUCUAGCAAUUAUAAAAUGAUCGGAAUAAUAUUACAAUGAUGGUACGAGCACGAAUCCAAUAUUGUACCAUAACUGCAGUAGAUAGAUGACAUAACAGUAAAUAACGACGUCAACACAUCUAAAUAAAUCCAUAUAAAGAGAAACCAUAGCUAUCAGAGUCGUCUCUCUAUCUCUCUUGUUCUUGUUCUUCAGCUCCGUUCAAUUCUAGUUUUUUGAGAUACUUUGACUGAAAAAAAAAAAUGGAGGGAGAGAGUAGUAGUAGUAUCGAGAAAGGAUUAUUAUUGGUAAAUAAGGAAGAGAGUGCAACUACAAGUACUCCACUUCUUUUCUUCACCACUUUCAUCAUCGUCUCUGCGUCUUUCUCCUUUGGCGUUGCCUUAGGGCAUACUGCUGGUACAAUGGCCUUCAUUAUGGAAGAUCUUGAUCUUAAUAUCGCACAAUUUUCUGUAUUUGGUUCGCUAUUGACGUUUGGAGGAAUGAUCGGCGCAAUUUUUAGCGCCACGAUUGCAGAUUCAUUUGGUCGUAAAAUGACUUUGUGGAUCGCGGAUGUAUUCUGCAUAAGUGGAUGGCUUGCAAUUGCACUAGCCAAGAAUAUUAUUUGGCUGGACUUCGGACGAUUCUUUGUGGGAGUUGGAGUUGGUCUCCUUAGCUACGUGGUUCCUAUAUAUAUCGCAGAAAUAGCUCCCAAAAAUGUGCGAGGCACUUUUACAUUUAGCAAUCAGCUGUUGCAAAACUGUGGGCUCGCAAUCGCGUAUUACCUUGGAAAUUUCAUGUCAUGGAGAACGAUUGCCCUAAUCGGCAUAUCUCCAUGCUUGAUACAACUUUUUGGGUUGUUCUUCAUUCCUGAAUCUCCAAGAUGGCUGGCAAAAGAAUGCCGCGACGAGGAAUGUGAGGUUGUUCUUCAGAAAUUAAGAGGAGAAGAAGCUGAUAUUAAAAAAGAAACUCGAGAAAUCAUGAUUUCUGUUGAUGCUUCCGCGAAUAUCAGCAUGCGUAGUCUUUUCAAAAGGAAAUAUACUCGUCAACUUACGAUCGGGAUAGGUUUGAUGCUUCUGCAACAGUUAAGUGGAAGCGCAGGAUUAUCUUAUUACGUAGGCAGCAUAUUUGAUCUUGCGGGUUUUCCUUCUCGGAUUGGGAUGACGGUGUUGUCUAUUGUCGUGGUACCAAAAGCUAUAUUGGGUCUGAUACUUGUGGAACGAUGGGGAAGACGGCCACUUCUUAUGGUAUCUGCAUCUGGUUUAUGUUUAGGUUGUAUCUUACUUGCAGUAGCGUUCGCACUGAAAGGUGUCCCUGGGAUUGUAAAUGUUACUCCCACUUUGGCAUUUAUAGGAAUAUUGACAUAUAGUAUGAUGUUCGCGGCUGGAUUAGGAGGGCUACCAUGGAUUAUAAUGUCUGAGAUAUUCCCGAUGAACAUGAAAGUGGUAGCUGGGAGUUUAAUAACCAUAACGAACUGGUUUACUGGUUGGAUCGUCAGCUACAGUUUCAAUUUCAUGCUUCUUUGGAGCCAAACCGGGACUUUUAGUAUAUUCGCCAUGAUAACUGGAGUAACGGUUGUAUUUGCAUGGUGGAUGGUGCCAGAAACUCGAGGUUUAACCUUAGAAGAAAUCCAACUUCGACGUUCCUAAUUAAAUACUUCGAGUUAUCUUAAAUGUCUAAUACAAAAUGUUUGGGGAACAAAAAACAAACAGAAACAGUACUCCUAAAUGGUUUCCACGAUGAGUUCCACAAUGCUUUUUGUUGCUUCACAAGAGUUUCUAUAUUCACUACUUGUAUUUUCUAUUUUUCUUUCAUCUUUUCAUCUCUGCUUUGCAUUGUAACUUUUAAAUGUUGUCCCUUGUGAA